AUGAAUCAUCAUAAACUAUCGAAAAAACAUGUGAAAAAAAGUGUCCUUCCAACAGAUGCUUAUCGAAAACACCAAAAGAAAAAAGAAAAAAAAAAAAAAAAAAAAGAAAAAGCUUUACAAUUAGAAAAUAUUAUAAGUAAAAAAAAUCCACACAGAGUUAAAGAAAAAUUAGACUAUUUAAGAACAAAAGAAAAACAAGGGAAAUUAUUACCUGUUGAAAAAAAUAAAUUAAAAGAGUAUGAAAAUUUAUGGAAUUUAAUAAAGGAAAAAGUAAAAAAUAAUGAAUAUGUUUAUAAUAAUAAUGGUUAUGUAUUUAACUUAAAUGAACAAAAUAAAAAUGAAGAAAUAUCUAAUUCAGAAAAUAAAAGUGUCAGUUCCAACGAUGAUGUAAAUAUAUCAUCAUCAUUGUAUAAUAGUUCAGAUGAUGACGAAGAAAUUAAUGAAGAUUUAAAAGAGAUACAAAAUAAUGAUGGAAAAAAAGAAGAUGAGGAUUUUUUCUUAGAUUCAUUACCAUCAUUACCAAAAGGAUUACCUAAUGAAGUUAUAAAAUUAAUCGAAAAUUCAAAAUUACCUCAACCUGAUAAUAUAAAAAAAAUGAUGGAAAAUAUGUAUCAACCAUAUGGAGCUACACAAUUACCUGGACAAAAUAAUAAUAUUCUUAUAAAUAAUUAUGCUUAUAAUCAAGUAUAUUAUAAUUUCCAAAAUUAUUAUAAUAAUGCAAAUAUGUAUAAUAAUAUAUAUCCAACUGUUCCAUAUAAUAAAAAUUAUGAACAGGAUUUAAAAAAUGAAACUGUAAAAAAUGACAAUAAAGUAUUGUCUUAUCCAAACUCUUAUUUGAUAAAUGGGCCAAAUAAUAUAUCCCUGACGAAUCCAAAUUAUUAUACUAAUAACAGUAAUAUAAAUACUUCUGUUUAUAAAAAUAUUAUUAAUAAUAAUACAAAUGUAAAUGAAAAAUUAAAUAUUAAUAAGGAUAAGGAAAAAAUAUAUAAUUUAGAAAAAACAAAAAAUAAUAAAAAUAGUGAUGAUGAUAAUAAAAAUAAUGAUGAUGAUAAUAAAAAUAAUGAUGAUGAUAAUAAAAAUAGUGAAGAUGAUAAUAAAAAUAAUGAUGAUGAUAAUAAUAAUAAUAAUAAUAAUUUAUAUCAUGAUAUUAUUAAUAAUGAUUCAUGUAUAAAUGAUAAAAGUAAACAUAAAGAUAUAAAACAAUUAUCUGUAUCAAAUGACAACCCUAAUUUUUUAAAAGAUAAAGCAGAUAUUAAUAAUUCCUAUAAUUAUAUGAACUAUUAUUAUAAUUAUGCAAAUAAUUAUAUUAAUAGUAAUAAUUAUAACCCCUUAAACUAUGGUCCUUACAAUCAAAUGUAUUAUUAUAAUUACAAUAAUAUAAAAGUAAAUAACCAAACUGCUAACCACCCAAAUAAUAAUAAUUCACUUAUGUCAUCAUAUAAUCCUGCAAAUAUUAAUAUGAUGAACUAUUAUGGUACGAAUUCAAAUAAUGGAAAUAUGAAAAAUAGGGGAAAUUUUAUGAGACCCAAAAAUAUUAAAGGAAAAGAUAAUCAUAGUGACAAUAAUUACAAACACAAUAAUAAUUAUAAUAAUAAUAAUAAUAAAACAAAUUAUGACUUACAUACAAAUAAGUUAAUUAAUGAAGAAAAAAAUAAUAAGAAAAAUAGUAUAAAUACAAAAGAUGAAAAACAAAAUUCAGUACAGUAUUUUGUCCCAAUUAACUUGAGAUUAAAAAAUAAGUUAACUGAUGUAUGUGAAACGAAAUUUAAUACUAUUGAGCAAAGAAAUAAAAACGUUGAUGAAAAUAUAAAUAUAGAUCAAGAAUACAAUAAGUUAAUUAAAGAAGUAAAUUUUAAUUGA